CUUAGGAAGGGUCCGAGGAACCCCAAGAGACAACUUGAACUCAUACUGGAUUUUGAGUCGUGGUCGUCGUCGAUGGGUGCGGGGACUGGGGGAGGGCAGAGAGGAGAUUUGGGUGGUGCUAUUGGUUCUGGGUUGGGGAGUGCAUGGUCGCUAGGGGAGUUGGGGACGCUCGGGGAGCCUCCCGGUGGUAGUGUAUGUCGCAGGGAGUUGGACGAUGAGGCUCAUGAGGGGGCACAACAUCACCAGCCUGGACUCGGGGACCAUGCUAUGGAAUCGGCAUCCAUGCGCGAUUUCAUGAAGGAGCUCGAGGUCACUCUGCCCUCCAUGACGGAGGGUGAGGCCAUUCUUGCGCAGGAGGCCGGCGUUGAGGUGGUCCGGCCUCAGCCAUUACCGCUUCACACGGGAGAGCCUGCACCAGACACAGAGGACGAGCGCAUGGCUCGAGAGGCGAGGAAGGACGAGGAGGAGGCCACAUGGGCAAAGGCCCUAGCCAAUGUUGACCCGCGCACACAGGCCGUGACGCGUGACAUGGAGGCUAGACGUGCGCUAGAGUUGGUGGGGAGGGCGAUGCCGGUGACUGGGUGAGCAGGAGUGGAUAGCUUUCACGAG